GCAGCUCCUCACCUCGGCGGGGUCAGGGACAUGGAAGUGAAGCACAGCGCCACCCUGGCCAUGGAUUUCCCGGGCCACUUCGAGCAGAUCUUUCAACAGCUUAACUAUCAGCGUGUUCACGGCCAGCUGUGUGAUUGUGUCAUUGUAGUGGGCAGCCGACACUUUAAGGCCCACCGCUCAGUGCUAGCAGCCUGCAGCACCCACUUCAGAGCCCUGUUCACUGUUGCAGAGGGAGAUGCCAGCAUGAACAUGAUCCAGCUGGACAGCGAGGUGGUGACAGCGGAAGCUUUCGCUGCUCUGGUGGACAUGAUGUACACGUCAACACUAAUGCUGGGGGAGAGCAAUGUCAUGGAUAUCCUUCUCGCAGCCUCACAUCUGCACCUCAACAAUGUAGUCAAGGCCUGCAAACACUACUUGACCACGCGCACGCUACCUAUGUCCCCCUCAUCUGACAGACCCACCCAUCACCACCCUCAGCAGGAGCAGCAAAGGCACAGGCAGCAGCAAGUAGCAGAUUUAGCAGUGAAUCCGACUCUCGCAGCUAAUGCUAACCUUGCAGCAAAUGCUGCCACAUCAAAGUUGCAGCGCUCCUUCUUGCUGCAGCAGCUGGGGCUUAGCUUGGUGAGUUCUGCUUUGGGUGGGAUGGAGGAGGACGGCGUGGGGAAUGUAGUCGGCAGCAGAGCGGUCGAACAGAGAGCCUCUUUUCCAAUCCGGCGUUUCCACAAACGGAAGCCCUCUCUUGCCCUGGGGCUUUCAGAGGAGCGGCCCAGACAGAGACAGCGCCCCUCUGCCCCUAACCUGGGGUUGUUAGGAGAGGAAGGGGUGAAUGCAGAGCGAGAGGAGGGAGCACUUCUGUCCCCGGACUCCCACAAGAUGGGAGAUGAAUCCAAAUUAGAUGCUGCAAUCACUGGGUUAGUAGCGGUGUCUCAAGAUGAUCCUCAGAUGCCCAGUCAGUCAGACAGUGGACGCUGUGAGGGGGACAAUUUAGGGAGAAUGCAGGGAGGGGUGAGCAAGGAAGAAGACAUGGAUGAGCAGGAUCACCAGGACAACAGAGCAGGGGUGAAGAUAAAAUCUGGAACAGAAGAGGAGGAGGCCGAAGAGGAGGAACAGAAGGUGGUGGUUAAACGAGAGCCCCUUAGUUCGCCUGAGCCAGCUGAUGAAGUCAGCGAUGUAACAUCUCAAGCAGAAGGCAGUGACCCGGCUGAGCCUGGGUGCCAGGAGGAGGAGGAGAAGGUGGAGCUGAGCCCAGAGAGCAGCGACCGCAGCUUCACCUCUGAACCCCAGCCCAGCUCCGACUCUCUGCUCCAGCCCAACUCCCAGCUCCUCAUCAAGAGCGGCAUGGGAGGAGGCAAUGGAGUUGGAGGAGGCUUCGCAUGUAACAGCGCACUGGGUGGCAAACCAGGUUUCAGUAUUUCCAGCUUUCUCAGCCCCAAGGAUUUUGCAAGUGGCACGUCGGGGCUGGUUACAGGAGAGGAUGACCUUCCUAAUACAACAACUGGGGAUGCUGUAGCACAUCACUUUCUGCUGAGACAGGAAGCUGCUGGGCCAUCUGGAUCUGCUUCUUCUGCUCUUCUGCAGUCAGGUCCACUUAGCGGUGAGAGUAGAAACAGCUUUGGAGAUAACCUGCAGGCUGAUUCUCUGUUCCUUCGCCCCCUGCAUGAUAGUUUGGGAAACCCCAGAGGAAGUGGGGGAAGUGCAAGUGGAGGACGUGGAGGGGUAGAUCCCUUUGGUUUGGACUUCCAGCGCUCUAGUCUGGGGCUUCACUCUUUGGGGCGACCUUCAAGAGGAGCUGGAGGAGCAGCUACUACAGCUCUGGGUUAUCCAGGUUACAGGCGUAUUGCUCCAAAAAUGGCCACUGGCAUGGGAGGAGAAGAAGGAGUAGGUGGGGUUCUUCAGGAUGCUGCCUCUUCUUCUUCAAGUCUGACGAGUCCCCUGCUUCUAAACGAGAGUGGAGGGUAUGAGAUGAACAGUGGCAGGCCCACCUCUCUACCUCCUCAGCUCACCCGAGCUUCAGCAGAUGUUCUUUCUAAGUGCAAAAAGGCUCUCUCGGAGCACAAUGUCUUGGUGGUUGAAGGAGCACGAAAAUAUGCCUGCAAAAUCUGCUGCAAAACCUUCCUCACCCUGACUGACUGCAAGAAACACAUCCGCGUCCACACAGGAGAGAAACCCUACGCAUGUCUCAAGUGUGGGAAACGCUUCAGUCAGUCCUCACAUCUAUACAAGCAUUCCAAGACCACCUGUCUGCGCUGGCAGAACAGCAACAUGUCCAAUGCCCUGCUGUAGGGCAGAUGUGGCUAGUGUGGGGCGAUAAGACGAAUACACUGAUAAUCAGUGAUGGGCUGAGGUUAAAGCCUCCCAAAAUGCUGAAGAGUUUCUGAAGCUCAGACAGAACAGUCGGACCUGAUCAUCUGCUCUGUCCAAGCCAACCAGUCCUGAUCAUAGACCAAAGAUAGGGAUAAUUAUGUAAUUAUACAUUUUCUUUUCCAGACAGACAAAUACUAUCAAGCUGCUAAAAGUUGUCCAUGGAGUUUGCAUAAUAUGAUCCAGGCAAGUCCAUGUCUUGUCUUUUAAAACUGCAAAACUGUUGACAAUGUUGUGUUUUGUUAAAAAAAAAAAAAACAACAAUAAUAAUAACAAUCAUGUGGGACCUGAUUAAAAGGAAUUUAGUUAUGUUGAGGUGAUCCCUCAGUGCUGAUCUGUAGUUUGUGGUGUAUCGGAGCGAAUUUGAUUCAAUCAUUACAACACUCAGAGUGUUGGCAGAUCAGAGGCAGCUCUGCAGAAUCAGCCCUAAGAACUGAUAUCAUGUAAAAUCUUGUACGUACAUUUUUCACUGCACAUUUGUAAAACAUGUAGCAGCAUCUGUCAUGAAUCAUCCCAGCUGUGCAUAUUGACUGUGCCUUGUUUUGUGCAAGGGCCAUCAUAUAAACUGUGGACAUCUGAUUCGUAGUUUGGAUGCCAGAUAUCAUUUCUAAAAGUACGAUGAACUGAUGAUUGUGUGCUCAUGAAGCUUAGAGAUACUGUACAAAAAUGGGGAAUAGAGUCAGAGUCCAGUCUGUGAUUCAGGCUGAAGUAUAAUGGUGAAAUCUGUAGCUUUGUGAAAGUUUAACCAAGAGAAGAUUGCAGAGACUCUAGUGUUGCAUUAGAGUUUUCAUUCUGUUUUUAUGCAAAGAAAAUGUAAUGAACUCCAUAUUAUGACCUUUUUUCUUUUAUUUACUGAAGUAGUGGCAUUAGAGGUAGUUGGCAUUCUUUACCAGGAAAUGAGCAACCAAAAAAAAACUGUUUCCACAUUCCUCAAUAGCUGAUUAUGCAUUUUCAUGCAUAUAAAUCUACUCAAAUUGAUCUGGGAUAUUUGCAGUUGACUUUCAGUACAAGCAGCUUUGAAUAACCAUCAUUGAUAACGUUUCUGCACUUAAUUAAGGUAUAAAAUAUUUCUGGUUGAUGGUAAACAAUUCAGUUUGUCCUGAUGGGGUCUUCACACUUCUCAUGACUAUAAAAGUAGCUGUCUAACUGUAGUUGUUGUUUGUUACGUACAAGUUUUGGGCAAAUGGGAAACUCAAGUACUCUAACCUUGCACCAAUUUGUGACUUCGCUGUUUACUUUAGAAUUAAGUUGCGUAGUUAAGAGGAGCAAAAAAAUAAAAAAAAUCUGAGCAAUUAGGAGGUGGGAAAAGAGUCAGUUUGCACCAAAAAGUAUGCAUUUAUUCGACUUUUUCUAUUUUUGAGAAAACUAAUAGGUAGUACUGCAUUAAAGUGCCAUUUUAAAACAGCUUGACAGGAAAAUGUGCUGCUUAUAGAACUUAUUUUUUGUUGUGAUUUGAAAAACAAUUGGGGUUUUCAGUUUUGAAAGAUCUGGCCCUACACAACUUUUCCGACUUAUUGGUUGCUGACUGUAAAUGUUUUGAAAAGUUCAGCUGUGGCCAACAAGUUUACCAACCGUCCACGCAUUGCAAAGUUUCCCUGGCAGCUGGUGUUUUUGUGUGUUUAUUAAAAGGGCAGUGAAGUUGUGCUGAAGGGCAGGAGUUCAGCAUGUGUUGAAAAAAAUGCUUUAGAAAUGUAAAUAUUGCACAUUUAUGGUCGGUUACACAAUUUCUCUCUUGAAACGAGGCAAAAAAAAUACUCAUUAAGAAGUAAACAUUGUGUAAAAGUUUGCUACUGUAUUGGAUAUGAGUGCUUUAUACAUGUCUCUUUCUACAUAUAAUGUUGCAUCUGUUACAAAAGCACUUAGACAAAUCAGUCUUUUUUAUAACUAAUAUGUUUACUGGAAUGUUGAACUAUGUAAAAACGUUGUUGUACUGCAGUUAUCCUGCGAACUCGAGGUUCCUUCCUUCUGUCAUGCUACCAUUAUUUUAAGUAUGAAAGCCAAGAGUUUAACUUUUUUUUUCUUCAGCAAGCAGUCGAUUAUGCAGGACUUCCACUUGUCUAAAAAUGUAUCAAUGAAGAACUAUUUCACAAAAGGAUAAUAGAAAAGCAAAGGUUUUUGUGGGACAUUUUGUCUUUUGUUUUCUUGUUAAUUUCAGGAGUUUUAGCUGUUUUUUUAAAUGUAUGUAAGUGUAUUUUAACGUCUACAUGUAAAUUGGUAAGUGCUGUCGUAAACUGUAAGUUUGACAACUGUGUUUCAGUUAGCGAUUUGUGUAAGAUUCAAAAAUAUCACGCUGAGAGAAAAUCGAAAUUUGCAUCUCAUAGAAAAUACGAUUAUAUCAUUGAUUUUUACAUCAACCUGCCAGACUUAAUGCAGGUUGUAAAAAAAAAAAAAAAGAGCAGCUUCAUGGGUCGACAAUUUGUUGAUUGAAAACGGUGUUGUAGAGUUCUGUUUUAGUGAACUGAGAUGAAAAAGUAACACUUUAAAUACAUGUUUGCCUUUUUGUAUACUUUAUUGCUUGAUGUAUUGUGACACCUACGCUGUCAGUGAGACAUGGUCAUUGCUUUCAUUCCUAGUUGGCACCUUAUUGUACUGUUAAGUCAUUACACUGUUAGCCUGUACAAAAUUACAUUUUAAUUUGACACAUACGUUAACAGAUAAUCUUUACGUUUUUAAGAAAAUUUGCCUUCUUGGUUGGCCUCCCUAUAAACAUAAGCUAACCUACUGUUUAAUCUAGAAUUUGUGACAUUAUGGAAUCAAUAGUAAAGUCAUUUAAGUAUGGCUACAGAGUUUAAAAUGACCACUGAUGGUUGAAUUUCAAAUGUGAUCACCAUCACCUCUAGUCAUGAAAAUAGGUAUCUUUGAUGUCCUUUUGAAAAACAGAGUUGUAGAGGUGAUGAAGCAAAAGAGAUGUCUUCAAAAAUAGCUACCAUGUCUCACACCAAGGCCUGUUAGGAUUUACAAUGGUGCUGUCUGCUAAAACUUGUAUUAACAGUUCAUGUGAAUCUCUGAAAAUGCACUGACUGUAUUACCCCUCUAUUAAUAUGCCAGUUUUUUGUUUUUUUUUAAAUAUGUGAAAGGCCUAAAUUUAUUAUCAAAGUCACUGCCUUACGCCCUCUAGCUUGAAAAGCCGGGCUUUGUUGAUAUGCCAAAACUGAAGGAUUUCUGUGUUUUUUCUGUAUAACUCACGUAGUGUAACCAUGAGGUGACUAAGUGUUUGUCUCUUUACUGUUGAAGACUAUAAGGAUUGUAUAGUAUGUUCAGUUGUUGUAUACUGAAUAAAAACAAGAUGAAAUUCA